AUGCGCCGCGCCGCCAGCCCCGCUGGCGCCGCGCCUCGCCUGGCGCUGGCCGCCGCCCUGGCCCUGUGCUGCGCCGCGACGGCGGCGGCCGCCAGGGCCGCCUCGUUUGUGGUGGAGAAGGGGAGCCUCCGCAUCCGCGCCCCUGCGCACAUCGCGGGCGCAUACGACACCGCCGUGGGCGACUUUGGCGUCCCGCUGUACGGAGGCACGCUGGGCGGUACCGUGCUGUACAACAGCAGCAACGGCCUGGGCUGCCGCGAGUUUGACUCGCCGCUGCCCGCGGGCGACCUGCCCACUGUGCUCCUAGUGGACCGCGGCGACUGCUUCUUUGUGGAGAAGGCUAGCUACGCUCAGCGGGCGGGUGCCAAGGCGCUGAUCGUGACAGACCACACAGAGGAGCCGCUGCUGACCAUGGCUGUGCCCGAGGACCGUCCCGAGGUGGCGGCGCUGGUACCGGAGAUAACGAUCCCGGUGGUACUGGUCACCAAGGCGCGCCGCCAGCUCAGCACCGAGCAAACCGCCGCCGGCGAGCGCAUCAAGUCUGUGCUGCAGGCGGGGGGGAGCCAGGCGGAGGUGGAGGUGGAGCUGGACUGGAGCGACAGCAUCGCACACCCCGACGCCAGGGUGGAGUGGGAGCUGUGGUUCACUGCCCAGGACGGGUGCGGCCAGGCCUGCGACUCCAUGCGCGCUUUCUUCCCCGCCUUCAAGGACGCGGCAGAGGCGCUGGAGCGGGAGCAGCACACGCUCUUCACCCCUCACGUCAUGACUCGCGCCUGCUCCGCUUGGUCCCAGCGCUCCAGAGUGCGAAGCCGGCUGCAUCCACGGCGGGAGGUACUGCGCGGUGACGUCGGUACCGCAGCGGUACACCAGGAAGUACAGCGGCGCCCAGCCGCCCUCCUCCUCCUGCUCCUGCUGCCGCCGCUGCGCCCCAACCCGCUGCCUGUUGAAUCGCCGGCGGUGCAGGUAGUAGAGCAGAACAAGCGCCACCUGUGCGCCUUUGAUGCCCUGAACAACACCCAGCACGAGGCGUGGCGGUGGUGGGACUAUGCAGCGGGCUUCGCCGCCGCCUGCACCAUGGCUGCCGGGCGCUUUGAUGCCGGGUGCGCGGAGGAGGUCAUGCGGGCUGCGGGCGUGGAUGUGACGGCGGUGAACGCCUGCAUGGGGCCCUCGGACGCCGACCGCCCACACCCCAUCAUGGAGGCACAGGUGGCGGCGCAGGCAGAUGAGGCGCGCAGCGGGCGGGGGCGCGUCAUCCUGCUGCCCACAGUCGUCAUCAACGCAGACCAGUACCGCGGCUCGCUGGCGGCGCCCGCCGUGCUGCGCGCGCUGUGCGCCGGCUUCUCCGAGGGCAGCGAGCCGCCCAUCUGCCUGACCGGCGGCCUCAAUGUGGACGAAUGCGCCGCCGGCACCGACCAGUGCUGGCGGGACGGGCCCGAGGGGCGCCUCAGCGCCUGCGUGGACACCUUCCGAGGCUACGUGUGCCGCUGCCCGCCAGGCAAGCGCGGCGCGGGCGACGGCCGCAGCUGCGCUGACGUGGACGAGUGCGCGCUGGGGAUCGCAGGCUGCGACCAGCUGUGCGUCAACACGCCGGGGUCGUACCGCUGCGAGUGCCGCGCCGGGUACACGCUGCACGGCGGGCAGGGCGCCCCCGGCAUGUGCCUCCCCAACUCCCUCAGCCCCAGCCGCCUGCCCGCCUGGCUCCUCGCCAUCCUGGUAGUCGCCUCGGUGGUGGCGGUGUCGGUGGCGGGGCUGUUUGCGUACCGCUGGCGCCUGCGGCGUGAGAUGCAGGCAGAGAUUCGAUCCAUCAUGAGAGAGUACCUGCCACUGGGCGAGGGUGCCGCCGCCGCUGCCGAGGCCGCCGAGAUGCGCCAGUCGCUGCUGCCGCAGGGCGGGCGCGGGCCUUUCAAGGGCGGCGGCGGCGGCGGUGGUGGCAGCGGCGCGCGCGGCAGCGGCGUGGAGGCGGCGGGACAGGAGCGGGACGAGGAGGAAGGCGGCGGCUCUCCUCGCCGCCUGCACUGA